UGUACCCGGAAGUAGAGUUGCAAUUGUAAACACAGCCGUGAAAGCCGUGUUGCUCCUCUUUACAAGAUGGUGUACGUGUCCAACGGCCAGGUCCUGGACAGCAGGCUCCAGUCACCGUGGAGACUCUCUCUACUGGUCGAUCUCUUCUGGGGAGCAGUAGAUUUUAUCGGCCUGUUUUUUAGGACAUUGGUUCACCCGGACUUGACAAAGGAUGGAAAGCCUGGUUCGUCACAAUACAGUGAUGGCAGAGGUCCCCCUGGUCCCCCUGGAGGCAGGAGGAGAAUGGGAAGAAUAAACCAUGGUGCAGGUCCCAGUGCUCCGCCAAUGGGUGGAGGAGGAUGAGGAAGGUAAAUGCCUACACAUCCAGUGUAGGCGUGGGGCUUGGCCUGUCCGUUUGCUGAGGACCUGAAGAAAGAUGGUGACGUUACGGUGCUGAAGCCCCUCUUCAUCAGCUGCCACUGCCACAGGCAGUUUCUUGACACCUUUCUGGGAAUUCCUAUUCAUAGGGGCCAGAAUGGCUGAUACAGCAGCUAGCCACAUCCCUCCCCCCAUUUUCACCUGCAUCUACCCUUCCCCUGUAGUCUCUCAGAAAUGAGUAUCACUGAAAUCUCAGUUAGGGUAAUCCCCUUAGUCCUUGUUUUGUAACCUUCUGUUUAAAUAAAAAAUGUGCAGUUAUAAGAUGCUGCUAUUGAGUUGUUCUUAUUCCAUUACUGAAAAACUUGAUAAUCAGCCAGCUUGACUCAAGACAACGCUUGACAAAAUGAGAUGGCAAACUUUUGACUAUAUAUUUGAUUGUAAGUAAUGUGAGGUUUUUAUACAAUAUUAAUUCUAAGUAGGUGAUUUGGUGACUGCAAAAUAAAGUGGAUAAUAGCAGAGCGA